AACAAAAUAUAUGAACAGAGAAAAACCACAGUGGAGAGGGAAGAAAAAAGAAAAGGAAAAGCUUGAAAAAGAGGUUUGAUAUCUUUCGUUUUUAUUCUUCACUUCUCUUUUCUUGCAGUCUAUGGUACGCAUCUUUUCCAACUUUUAUGCUCUUUUCUCAGUUUCCAUCUUUACCUUCUUCUUAAUAUACAUCUAUUUCUUUUGCUCAAGGUUCUCUUGAUUUGAGUGAUUGUGAUUCCAAAGCUUCAAUUUCUUCACAUUUCUUCAGCUGAAAUCAAUUACUCAUUCCUUUGAUUCUUCGUGAAAUUUUUUCUCUAAAAUCUUUCCAGCAUUGAUCAUUGCUACUGAAAGUUUAUUUCCUUUUCUAUCUUGGUAUUUCGAAAAUCUUCGUUUCUUUUCAUUCCUGAGCUUUUCUUUUUCUUCCGUGGAUUUGCCUUGAAAUUAACUUACAUUGGAAAUUUGCGGUUUUCCCUUAUGGGUUUUGCUGAUCAAGCUUAAAAACCUAAUCUUUGUUGGUUUUUCAUGCCAAGAUUUGAGCUUUUCUAGUAUUUUUGGCAAUAUUUUCUGGAUUUUCGACUUUCUUGAAUUCCCAUUUCCCUGGAAGGCUUUCCUCUUGAAAUGGUUUGGUUUCCUCUGUAGUUCAGUAGUUCUUACUUUUCCGUUUUUCGAUUUUACUUCUUUUCUUGAAUUUUCUGACAAUUGGGUUCUUAAUCCAUGGGACUUUGUCAUGGAAAACCUAUUGAGCCCCCACAAAACCUAUCUAAAAUUCCAAUAAUCCCAUGUGAAAACCAUGAAUCUGCAUUCAAUUCUUCAACUGGGAAAACCCCAAAAUUUCCAUUUUACAGCCCAAGUCCACUGCCUAGUGCAUUCAAGAGCUCCCCUGCGAACUCUAGCAGUGUUACCUCAACUCCUUUGCGCUUCCUUAAGCACCCAUUUCCACCACCAUCUCCAGUUAAGCAUAUUAAGGCUUUGCUUGCAAGGAGGCAUGGCUCUGUGAAGCCUAAUGAGGCCACUAUACCGGAAGGGAGUGAGUGUGAGAUCAUUGGACUGGACAAGAAUUUCUGUUUCUCGAAGAAUUUCUCAGCCCUCUAUGAUAUAGGAGAAGAGGUUGGGAGGGGUCACUUUGGGUACACUUGUUCUGCUAAGGGAAAGAAGGGGAGCUUGAAGGGCCAGGAUGUGGCUGUUAAAGUUAUACCGAAGUCAAAGAUGACUACAGUGAUUGCAAUAGAGGAUGUACGAAGGGAAGUAAAGAUUUUACGUGCUCUCACGGGACAUAAAAACUUGGUGCAAUUCUAUGAUGCCUACGAGGAUGAAGACAAUGUCUACAUAGUGAUGGAGUUAUGUAAAGGAGGAGAAUUAUUAGAUAUGAUACUUUCUAGGGGUGGCAAAUACUCUGAAGAAGAUGCCAAAGUUGUCAUGGUACAGAUUCUAAGUGUGGUUGCUUAUUGUCACCUCCAAGGUGUGGUUCACCGUGAUUUAAAACCUGAGAAUUUUCUCUUCACUUCGAAGGAUGAGAAUUCGCCGCUCAAGGCUAUUGACUUUGGACUUUCUGAUUAUGUGAAGCCAGAUGAAAGGCUAAAUGAUAUUGUUGGAAGUGCAUACUAUGUAGCUCCCGAAGUUUUGCAUAGGUCUUAUGGAACUGAAGCUGACAUGUGGAGUAUUGGUGUGAUUGCUUAUAUUCUUCUUUGUGGAAGCAGACCCUUCUGGGCUCGGACAGAAUCCGGAAUAUUUCGAGCUGUCCUAAAGGCUGAUCCGAGCUUCGAUGAAGCCCCAUGGCCCUCUUUGUCUUCUGAUGCUGUAGACUUUGUGAAGAGAUUAUUGAACAAGGAUUAUCGUAAAAGGCUAACAGCAGCUCAGGCACUUAGUCACCCUUGGCUGGCUGGUCAUCACGAGGUCAAGAUACCACUGGAUAUGAUAACAUAUAAGCUUGUAAAAGCUUAUAUAUGUUCUUCCUCUCUGAAGAAAGCAGCUUUGGUGGCUCUUGCAAAAACAUUGACAAUACCACAGUUAGCCUAUCUCAGGGAACAGUUCACAUUGUUGGGGCCAAACCGAAGUGGAUUUAUAUCCCUACUGAAUUUCAAAACGCAGGCUGUGGGAAAAUACUCCACGGAUGCAAUGGAGGAUUCACGGGUUCUAGAUUAUGUCCAUGUGGUGAGUUCUCUGCAAUACAGAAAAUUAGAUUUUGAAGAAUUCUGUGCGGCAGCAAUAAGUGUGCAUCAGCUGGAAGGGAUAGAAAGCUGGGAGCACCAUGCGCGUCAUGCAUAUGACUUUUUUGAGAAGGAUGGAAACCGGCCCAUUAUGAUAGAGGAACUUGCCUCAGAGCUUGGACUUAGUCCAUCUGUUCCUGUUCACGUAGUUCUUAAGGAUUGGAUAAGACAUUCCGAUGGGAAGCUCAGCUUCUUAGGAUUCGUCAGACUUCUACACGGAGUUUCUUCCCGUGCAUUUCAGAAGGCUUAAGAAUAUUCGGACUUCAAAUUCAUUCUCCACAGCAUAUUAUUGGCAUUGAACUGUGUGUUGAAGGGCACUGAGGUUGGCCCGACUAAUCCCGAUGAAGCAUGAUAAUUAACUGCAUAGAUGGUUCCUGCACAUUGGAGCUGUUGUCACUCGCUUUAGCAUAUCUUCGCUUCCAUUUCUUGUUUCUCCCAGUAUUUUGUGCCACUGGAAUUUAUAGGACUGUACAGUUGAGACUUGAGAGUAGAUUACAGAUGUAUUUAGCACUAGAAAACAGCCCAAAGCUGAAAUGAGUUGUCUUUGGUUCUGUCCCUUGUGUUCCCUGCGCACUUAGCUUCUUAAUAGUUUUUAAAUUGUGAUUAAAAGAGUUUGUCAAGUAGAA